CUAAGUACUAGGUUUGUUUAUUAAAAUAUCACGCUGUCUUGACUUCUAAAGCUCAAUGGAAACUUUUUUUUUUCGGAAGUUACCUUCAGUUUCAUUCAUAAUCGCGCGAACUCACUGUAGUUUUAAGGAACUACACUGUUCAGAAAUAAAUAAAUAAAUAAAUAAACAAACAGAAACACUCUAAAUUUAUAGUAAAAACGAAAAACAUUGCAGGAUACUGCAGGGAAUGCUGCAUGACGCCCUAAAACGAAGGGGAGGCGUGAGAUACUGACGACCACAAGGAAGGGGAACGGGCUGCGUGUUCAAGUUACUAUAAGCAAGAGCGAGUACAGGGAGGGUGUGAGAGGAAGGUGCAACAAGAAGGGCUGGAGGAAGCGUACGGAUUGAUUUGGGUUAGAUCAUAAUCGACAUGUCAGGUCGGAUACGGCAAGGAUUUUAUCGUCAGGAGGUGAACAAAACUGAAUGGGAAGUGCCGGAGAGGUACCGGGAGCUGCGGCAGGUCGGGACGGGGGCUUACGGCACUGUAUGCUCGGCGCUGGACCGCAGGACAGGGGUACAGGUGGCCAUUAAGAAACUCCACAGGCCCUUCCAGUCAGAGCUCUUCGCCAAACGAGCGUACCGCGAACUGCGACUUCUGAAGCACAUGAAGCACGACAACGUGAUCGGAUUGCUUGAUGUCUUCACUCCUGAGAUUUCCCUGGACAGACUCCAGGAUUUUUACCUGGUGAUGCCCUUCAUGGGUACGGAUCUGGGCAAGCUGAUGAAGCUAGAGAAACUCUCAGAGGAGAGGGUGCAAUUCCUGGUCUACCAGAUUCUCAAGGGACUUAAGUACAUCCACUCAGCUGGGGUCAUCCACAGGGACCUGAAGCCAGGAAACCUGGCUGUCAAUCAAGACUGUGAGCUCAAGAUCCUGGACUUCGGGCUGGCUCGACAAGCUGACAGUGAGAUGACGGGCUACGUGGUUACCCGCUGGUACCGAGCCCCAGAGGUCAUCCUCAAUUGGAUGCACUACACCCAGACCGUGGACAUCUGGUCGGUGGGCUGCAUCAUGGCGGAGAUGCUGCUUGGAAAACCUCUAUUCAAAGGUCACGACCACUUGGAUCAGCUGACAGAAAUCAUGAAGGUCACAGGCACCCCAACUCAGGAAUUUAUCAUGAAACUGCAGAGUCAAGAUGCCAAAAAUUACAUCAAGAGGCUGCCAAAAGUUCAGAAGAAAGAUCUGAAGGAUGUCUUUGCCAACAUCAAUCCAGAUGCUGUGACCCUUCUGGAGCGCAUGCUGGUGCUGGACCCCGAAAAGAGAGUGAGUGCGGCGGAGGCUCUCACGAUGCCGUUCUUUGCCGAGUUCCGGGAGCCUGAAGAAGAGACCGAGGCCCAGCCCUAUGACCACUCGCAGGACAAUGCUGAGCUGACACUGGAGCAGUGGAAACGACACACGUUCACUGAAAUCCUGUCGUUUCAACCUGCAGUCUCAGAGUCCAAAGAGACGUCUUUAUGAGUCGAGUUAAUCUUCAUGUCGCCCUCCUGAGUCUGAACCUGUACAUUCCUUUGUUUUAAAAGUGUAUAUUCCUUUAUGACACAGUAUGUUCUCUUGUGCACAUUCAGUUCACUGCACUUCUCUGUGCACUGGCACCUGUGUUCUGCUGGAGACGUGUAUGUGUGUGUGUGUGUGUUUAAUGUGUCACCUUAGAAAAGUGCACGUUCUACUUCUUUAACAUCUAGGUGUGUCACUGUAGGUUUUUGUUUGUAAAGGGUGAGCCUGAAGCAUUUUCUGAGCGUGUGUGUGUGUUUGUGUGUGUGUGUGCCAGGCUGAUCAGUGCGUGCCGGUGUGUGGGUCCUGUUUAUCUGUGUGCUGGUGUGUGAAUAGGUGUCCAUACCAGUAUGUUACUCCAGCAUCUCCUAGUAUCACAGGGAAUCUUAACACCUUCAUCCCUGUAUAUACAGUUUACACAGGCCUCCUAUAAGCCUAUGUACCUCCUCCGUAAUUGUUACCUUCACAAGGUGACGGAGCGUUUGAGGCCGCACUGCCUCCUGGGAGGUGGUAGGACUGGUUUCCUGUCACCUCAGCAGGGUGUGACAGCAGUAUGCAGAGAUUAAGGCAUAGCUUGGAAAGUGUGAUUGAACUCCGAAGGCUGCAAAAUUGGAAACGUGAUAUGAAACAUGGUGAUAAUCGCUUUGCAAAUUUGCAGAACUGUAGCCAUAUUUAAAUUGUGUUAAUCGAUUGAAAACUAAUUUUUAAAAAAUCAGCAUUAAUAUUAGUUAUGUAGGUUGAUUUUUUUUUUUGGAAUUUUAUGUACAUUGGAUUGGAUUAACAAAAACUGGGGUAACAAUAUUUUUGAAUAUUUAAGAAUAUUGUUGGAGGCCAACUCAUUUUGAGGUGUGGGGGGGGGGGAAUGGUGUUCCCUGACCUGAGAUUUACUUGAAACGCUUUUCAUGAGUGUUGUGUUUGUGGGUGUAUGUGUGUUUGUGUCAUGCUUGUCCACCUGCUGAGACAUGCUUGUCCACCUCACUGGACACGCAGGGACAGCUUUACUCUAAUUCUCCUCAUUGUGUCGGGGCCUGAUAACAGCCAGUGUCACCCAGCCUCACGCUUUCAGUUGCUCUGUAGUACUGCUGACUGUUCUUAUGAUGACAUGGACAAACCAAAUGUUUUGAUAAAAAAAAAAAUUCUUAUUAAAAACGAAGUGGUCUUGGG